AGGUAUAGUUGGACAAGAUGGGUUCGAGAAUUGUGUGUUUGUGUCUCUUGGUGUUAUUUGUGGAUAAGUCGAGGUCUCAGCCUGUAAACAACACCACUACAGCCAACAAGACUUCGGUGGAGCAACCACACAUUGAGGUCAGCCCCAUCCCUGUGGUGGAGGGGGCCGAGGUCACUUUUGACUGUAAGGUACAUUAUGAGUUCGGGGUCAAGGUGGCUCUUAGAUGGACGCUCCCUCACGCUCAUCUCAAUGAGAGUGGAAGAUUCCUUGAACACGAGGAAAUAGACGAGAAGAACCCUGGAGAACAUAACAUGCAGUGCACUGUCCACCGAACCUUAACAUUUACCGAUGUUUCCUUAAAGGACGAAGGACCAUACAUCUGUACUGUGACUGACAACUCGGGCAAUACCAACAGCAAUGCAGUAACACUGUCUGUCAUCCCAUCAGGAAAACAUAAACUGAAGCUGGAUAUCAUCGGAUAUCAAAAUACUGCCCAAAUACACGUCAACCCUGGAACGCCUGAGUUUAAACUACUAGUAGAAAUACAAGCAUAUCCUCCUCCUAAAUCCAUUCAAUGGUAUGAUAACUACAUGAAGCCUAUUAUCGGGAAAGGGGACAGCUUUAUCGCAGAGAACAGUCCAACACUAUCGAAGCUGAUAAUUCGUGAGCCGAGAGUUGACAACUCUGGGACGUACACGUUGGUGGUGAACAACAAGGCAAUGAACGAGUCUGUCAAAGUCACUCUACUAGUCAAGGGGGCCCCAGAGUUGCGUCUAAACAAUGACAUUGACGAGGCGUAUUACAUGCUCAACAAAUCCUACUCAAUAAGCUGUGAUGUGUAUGCUCUCCCUCGGCCCAUCAUCACGUGGAGCUUCCAACCCUGUCCAGGCUACCCAUCAUGCACCCACGAGUUCUCCAUGAUUCCAAAAAGUCAGUACGUAGAACACGAUAUUGCAAACGUCAACCCUGCACAAUUCAACUCCGUUGUAGAAAUUCAGGCAGUAAACACAGGUAUCCUGCAAUGUCAGGCUUGCAACGACCUAAAGUGUAACGAAAGAAAAAUCUCCAUGCUUCUUACAGAUGUAGAAGGUGGUAUGUCUAUUGAUGCACCUGAGUUAGUGGUAGAAACUGACAACGUAACUUUGAGUUGUGGUGCCUCUAAAUACAACUACACAGGCACUCCAGGUUGGGUUAAAGUGGAAAAAAGUGGAGCAACUUCUGAGUUCAAAGGUGUGAAGAGCGAAACAAAAUAUUCUUACUUCAACAAAUUAAACUUACCACGGGUGGGUAAAAACCAUUCAGGAGUCUACAUUUGCUCAGCUAAGUUGAGUUAUGAAAGAAACAGGGCCCAUACUAAGGAGUUCACCUUGGAUGUUAAAGGGGAAGAGUGUAUCUCGAACGAUGAGUGCUCUUCAGGAAAGAUAUGCAUAGCUAAGAAAUGCACAGAUCCUUGUGACGGAGUGUGUGGGAUGAACACAAUAUGUUUGGUACUAGAAGGAGCUCCUGUGUGUUCCUGUAAAGCUGACUACGAAGGAGACCCGUUUACGGAAUGCAAGCCAGUUAAUGCAGAAUGCACGGACGACUCCAUGUGUACAACAGACAAGACCUGUAUUGGCCACAAGUGUGUAGACCCUUGUCUGGACUAUUGUGGGCUCAAUACUGUGUGUAGAGUGGUCAACCAUCGACCAGUGUGUGCCUGCCUCAAAGGAUUCUUCCUCACUCUAGACAAAGGCUGCAAUCCCAAGUGGAUUCCGGAAUGUCAGACUAACUCUCAUUGUCCGGAUGAUCGCUCAUGUCGUCUGCAGAAGUGUGUAGAUCCUUGUCAAGAUGGAGUGUGUGGCAACAACACAGAAUGUCACGUCAAGAACCAUUACCCUGUGUGUUCAUGUAAAGUUGGGUACAUAGGAGAUGCCUACAAUGAAUGUGUGCCUUACGGUUCAACUGACAAUAAGGAAAACAAACAAAAAACAAUUAAAGGGAAUAAAAUCUUCAUACUUGUCAAUGAAAAGAAAGCAUGGUAUCGCGCCUAUGUACACUGCCGUGAUCAUGGAAUGAAUCUGGCGGCAAUCGAAAAUGAUGACGAAUGGAACAAUUUUGCUUCAACCAUCCGUAAUAAAGUUUUGGACGUUAACGCAUGGAUUGGUGGUAAUGCCGAGCGCCGUUAUCCAGAUUUCCGAUGGAUAUCCACUGGACAACCACUUUCAUAUACACAUUGGAGGGCUGGUGAGCCUAGUGGGUUUUUCCACUGCUUGGCAGCUUCCCGUGAGGGAUUUGCUAACUACGAUUGUUACCAGUUUCGUAGUUUUGUAUGUGAACUUAGUAAAAUCGAGGGCUGAAAAGUGAAUCCCUAAAUCUAGAUCAUAGGCACGCAAUUUAAUCGAUGAUUAUCCUGUAAAGUAAAUAUUCCAAGUUGUAUGUAUUUGUAUAUUUUCUCUUAGUUAUUCUUUCUUUUUCUUACCUAUACAGCCAUAGCAAUUUUUUAUCCCUGAUUCCCAAUCAAAUAAAGAGAAAUGUCAAAGAAAGUUAUUCAUCUUUACUCUUUCUCCCCUACACGUAGCAUAUACUUACUAUGUUGAACUUUCUAUGUUGAGAAAGUUACUAAUCAUCAACACUUUUUGUUUGAGUUUUUGAUGGUUGUGACCGUUUUGGUAACCCUUGAUCGGCAAAACUUUCCCUCCCUGCCACAGCAAAC